CGCAGGCGGUGUGAAUCACAGUGCUCCGGUGUAGCGGGCCGGAGCCGGACCGGUGCCGUUCCGUAGCCGGACCGCAUCCAGUGUGCAUGAGGGGUUAAAGUGUCACAGAUAAACAGGCAAGAGGCGGAAGUCUGUUAUCAGAUAUUGAAAGCCAACUUUCGGUGUACUGGAGACGUGGCAGCAGCAUAAGAAGAGUUUGCCUUUGACCAUGGAGUUUUGGACAGCCUUUGGAAGUAUCAAUAAGCAAGAGCAAUCUGUGUCAAUCGGAAACUGAAAAGGGCAAACCGUACGAAGAGAGGAAAAUCGGCCAAAACGACUCAAAAACCUGAGUUAAACGACCGGGAAGAUGAUCAGUUUCUGUUUGCAACAGAGCUAAAGGAAAAAGGAAGACAAACUAACAGCCUGAUCCCAAGAGGUGACUUAGCCAUCUCAAGGUAUGGCAAACUUGGAGAUAAUACUUCAAGAGCUGCGGGACUUCCGUCGUGAAAACUCUGAAACCCUCAAAGAAAUCAAAGACAACAUCAAAAGUGAAAGUAACAGGAUAGACGACGCCAAGCAGUGGAUCGUGAAAGCGGAGGAGCGAUUACAGCACGUCGAGGAGGCAACACAGGAACUGCUGGCGCUACAGAAGCUGUUCGACGACAGGCUGCUGGAUCUGGAGGGACACUUGAGGGGGAAAAACAUCAGGAUUCACGGGGUGAAGGAGGGAGCAGAGGACUGCGCCAAAUCCAUGAUUGAAUUUGUUGAUGCACUUUUACGAAUACAGCUGGAGUUGCCAAUUUCUCUUCACUUCCUGAUUGAGAAAGCCCACCGAGCCCCAGCAUCACGUCCUCCCCAGGAUUCCACACGGAGAGCUAUUGUGGUCAGAUUCAAGAGUUUUAGAAUGAAAUACGAGAUUCUUAAGAGGGCAUGGCAGAAGAAAGGCUUCGAGUAUGAGGGGAGCAGAGUGUUUCUGGAUCAUGAUUAUGCACCGGAGGCAUUGACAAAACGUCAGGAAUAUGCAGAAGCAGAAAACGUCUUGACAGAGAGGAAUAUAUGUUUCCAAACACCGUUCCCAGCAAGAUCACGAGCGUUCGACGAGGGUGAGAUACGUAUUGCUAACUCUGCUGAGGAGGCGACCACGGGCAUGGCCAGGAGAGGGCUGCAGGUGACGAUGCUGAAACCUAAGGAGAGCGGUCUGGAGAAGACGAAGUGCCUAACAUUGCAGGAUCCACCAAAGGCUUCAACACCCCCCUGUGUACCUUUGACUUUCUCCUCUCCUAUUGUCAAACCCACUGCUGCUGGUCCACCUUCCUUUUCCCCUUCUGCUGGAUUUACUUUCGGUACACCUGUAGCAAAGUUAGGUCCCACCCCAACUACAGCAGCAGGUGCUUCAGUAGAAGCUGCUUCAUCAGCCAGCAGUGCACCAGUGUUUGGUCUGGGAGACAAGUUUAAAAAGCCAGAGGGGGCCUGGGACUGUGACGUCUGUCUGGUGCAGAACAAGGCUGCAGAUGUCCAGUGUGUAGUCUGUGAAGCAGCCAAACCUGGAGCUAGUAUGGAGCCCAAGGCGUUCUCCGGGGUUUUCAAAGCCUCAGCAGACUGGACCUGUGACGUCUGUUUGACUCCCAACAAACUGUCGGACACAAAGUGUGUUUGUUGUGCGGCUCCGCAGCCCAACUCUUCACCCAAGUCCAUAGAUAGUAAACAAACCCCUGCACCUUCUGUUGGCCUGGAGAGCAGCAGCAAAAACACCUCGACAACUACAACAUCAACAGCAGCAGCAGAAGCAGCCACAGGGUUUGGCUCGGUGUUUUCCAAACCUACAGGAACGUGGGACUGCGACACGUGUCUUGUUCUCAACAAGCCCGAUGCAGUAAAGUGUGUGGCCUGUGAAACAGCCAAACCUGGGACGGGACUCAAGCCGUCCCUGACUCUUCCUUCUGCCUUCUCAGCUGUUAAGACUGUAUCGACCCCCGCAGAGCCUGCUGCGACAGGCUUCACGGGAUUUGGAGACAAAUUCAAAAAACCUGAAGGCUCAUGGGAGUGUGAUACAUGUAUGGUACAGAACAAGGCCGAGGACACCAAGUGUGUGGCCUGCACGAGUGCAAAACCAGGUGCUUCAGCAGAAGCUGCUUCAUCAGCCAGCAGUGCACCAGUGUUUGGUCUGGGAGACAAGUUUAAAAAGCCAGAGGGGGCCUGGGACUGUGACGUCUGUCAGGCGCAGAACAAGGCUGCAGAUGUCCAGUGUGUAGCCUGUCAAGCAGCCAAACCUGGAGCUAGUGUGGAGCCCAAAGCCUUCGGUUCUUCAGCUGGUGGGACCACGCUUGUCUUAUCUACCCCUACUUAUGGUGGCUUCAAGUUUGGCACAUCAGACAAACAGACAUCCUCUUCAUUAUCGGCGGCCGGUGGUUUAAAGUUUGGGGGCUCACUGUCAGAGUCGACGGCUUCUUCAGGUGGAUUUAAAUUUGGUGUCCCGUUUGGAAGCGCCCCGUCAGAAACCACUCCUAAAGACAGUACAGCCUCAUCAGGGUUCAAGUUCGGCUCGUCCGAUGGUUUUAAAUUCGGAACUGCCUCCAGUGAAGAUAAGUCAGAGCAGCCUGCGGCAGGUUCAGGGUUAAAGUUUUACACCAGUCAUGGUAUCGUGUUUAGGCCUGGAUCUUCUAGCACAGAAAGUAACUCCUCCAAAGGUGGCUUCACAUUUGGACUGUCAAAACCCAACCCCACAACCACCACAACAGCAACCACAACCGGGUCUGUGUUGGGCGAUCCAAGUUUGGCAACCAAUGCGUCACAAGGGAGACCUGCUUUUGGAUCAUUACAGGCAAACAAGGAGCCGGCUACUCCCAAGUUCACCUUCGGGAAACCAGACAACAAGAAGGACGUCGCAGGCUCCUCGUUGCUGUCUAACUACAAGAGGCAACGAGGAGCCGCAAGUACAAGAGGCUUUUCCUUCAACAAGUCCAGUGCGCCAGCAAAACAGCCUUCACUGGCUUUCACAUUCGGGAAGCCAGCAGAUAAGAGUGAAGCCGUCACUUCAGAGGCUCCCAAACCCACCUUCACGUUCAGACAAAAUGCUGCAGCGAGUGGAGGCUUCCAGUUUGGAGGAAGCAGUGGCUUCGGAGCUACAAACAACACUUCCAGCGUGUUUACCUUUGGAGCGGGAGCCACUGGCUCCCCUGCUCCUGCCACCAACCCCUCCAUGGCACCCCAACCAGGAAGUGGAUUCAUCUUUAACCAAACUCCAGUUAAUAUUGGGUCAAAUAAACCCCUCACUGCCUCUCCAGCCGGACAAAAAGCCAUCCCUCGGCACAAAAUCUGGAAAGGGGAGGAUGGACCGGGCCGGAGGACUGGGCCCUCGUUCUACACACUUAGGAGUGUUAAUGAAUAGUUAUGGAAAAACUCCUGUUACGUGUUUGAUUUCUCUCUGGUUCGCUCCACACCUCUGAUUUUUGUGCACCUCCUGUCUGUCUCCACCCCUCCCUCCUCCUGAUUCCUACUACUCUCCCUUUAUCUCUCACUGGCUCUCUCUCCCUCUUACAGUUUUUCACAAUUGCUAAAACACAUUUCUUGAAACCUCCAUCCAUUUUCUCAAAACCUUAAACACAAAUCCAAAAAUCCACACUACAUUCACAAAAACC